CAUGGCGGCGAUGAUAUGAUGGAGAGCUAGUUUGACAUUUAUUUUUUUUCUAAACUCAGUGAUUUGUUUUUUAUUGUGACUUUGUACUAAUGUACGUUUAAUCGCGUGGAUAAAUAUAAGCCGGGACUAUAUGAAAAUCGAACACAUAGUUAACUUGGAGGCGUUAGCUAGCAGGCUUGGCUAAACACUAGUGAGAGCAGAAGAGUUUGUGAAAAGCUGAGAUUGGAAAGCGUGACGCUGUGAUGUUAGUCCCUGAAUAGACUUUUACAGAAUUAGGUGCUGAUGAUGGCUUCUCGGGUAAGGUUUAGUUUUUUAGGAGGAAGAAGGGAAGCUCUACAGCUUUGAGUGACAUCAUUGCCACUGAUCAGUGAAGUUCGAUGGAGGGAGACAGGACGCGUGCUGGGAGAAUGUCGGCGUGGAAACGCAUUUGCGAAGAAAACCGAGUGAUUCCUCCUCCUAACCAAACAGCCCGGUUAGCACAGGGCACGAGCCAGGCUUUCCAACUCGUGUUCAAACGACUGGAUGGGCUUCAUUUAAACCAGGCUGAGGAGGCGAGAUCACUCAGGUACGAGCUGCGCGUCAGCCUGUUUGACCAAAGUCACCAUCGCUUUUUUGGAAGGACAUGGAAAAGUGAACCACAUCAAGCCACUAAGCGAAAUCAGGAACAACCCAGCAAAGUGCAUUUUAAUGAGGUUGUAUACUUCCACACAUCUUUGUGUUUGGCCUCAGUGGUGGCUGUAGUGGAGCUAGCCUCUCUCCCUUCUGGGACAGAAACUUCCCAUAAUGCAGUGGGCCAGGGUUUUGGGAUCCUACAGCUCUUCUCUGAACAAGCACAAGGAGAGGGCAGGUUAACUCUGUUUUAUGGUACUCCUCGAGCUCUGCUACACCCAACACUGAGGGACCCGUUGCAGAUAAAUACAGUGUUGUCAGCAAUAGAGGGAACUCAGCUGCUGUAUUCUCUCCAGCCACACUCCGCCCUCAAUCCCAUCAUGCACCUACUCCCACCCAAUAUCAUGGUAUCUGGCAAUGAACUCAUCCCUGGUGUCCUUCCUCCUACAGACAGCACAGAAGAUGCUUUGCGGAAACCAAGGCUGCUACCUACUUUCUCUUGUGUGCUGGAGAAGAUGCGUGUGUCCCUCAGUCCCUCCAUACAGGCAUUUGAGGCAGACAUGCUAGAGAGGCUGAACAGUGAUCGCAACAUGACAAUUUGCAUGGAGGUACAGUCGUUGGUCAUACAGGAGCGAAGGCUGCAUAUUGGUGUUCAUAAUGGUCUGGGCUGGGUGGAUGGACCUCAGGUGAUGGUGCUGGAGCCCAGAGCUGGUGGAAGCAGUGACCUUAAAGAAAGUUCUACAGACACACACAGCUCUCUCCUGAUGCCACGUGGUAACGUGGAGCUGAGAAUGAUAAGCCACCCAGCCUUCAGCUUGCUCUUCCAGCUGGAGUAUGUCUUCUCUGUUCCCCUUGUCGGAGAUGGAAAGAUGCCGUCCAUGGUCGUGCAGAGGGCAGUGUUCAUGCAGUGUGUGCGUUGGGGGGUAUGGAGUCCUUUCUCCGAUCCUGAUGGCCCAUGUGAAAGUGUGUGUGUUAGACUGCUGGGUGGUGCCCUACCCAACCCUUAUGGAGUUAUGGUUUAUACAGCACACACACAGCAGACUGAUGCAGAGAGAAGCAGUAUCAAAUUCAAGUUUAUGAGCCACAUAGAAGGCACAGCUUCCAAUGUGACAUCAAAAUCAAUCUCUCAAGACAAGCCUCAGUCUAAGAAAUGGCAUGUCACCUCCCAAGAUGAAAGCAAGCUCGCACUUGAAGCUUCACCACUGCACAGCACCCGUGGUCCCGAACUCUCGCUUUCUCAGCUGGCUGUGCCAUCGCACUAUCCAAGUCUGAGCCACACGGCAGGGUCGCCAUGGCAACAGCAGCUUCCCGCUCCACUCGCUCUCUCCCCGAUGGCGUCGGCCCACCAGCUGUCACACGUCGUAUUUCCGGUUGUAGGUAUAGCACACCUAGAAGUUAGUGCAAUGGAGAAAGAGGGCAUGAGGGAUGCCCCAGAGGAAGAGUGUGAUCUACAAGAACUGACCUUCACCCCUGUCCAUGCUCCUGUCAUCACGCUUGGAACGCACACAACUGGCACCAACAGGACGAGUUCUCGAGGUUUCUUCGCUCAUCUCUUCUCCUCCCGCUUUCCUGAAAUCCGUGAUGACCUCAACCAAGUGGCUGAGUUUCUAGACCCUGAUGAGCCUGUGAACUUUGACCCCUAUAGAGAAGAGGCAGAUCCAUUGCAGGCUAACACACUCCUUCUGCAGUUCUUGGCUUUUAGCAGGGUUCAUCAGGCAGGUGUGAACAUGGAAUGGCCAAGAACGGUGCAUUUUACCUUUCAGCUUUAUCGCUUUCCUCCUGUCACCACACAGCGGCUUAAGCUUGUGGCAUCUGAUGCCAGUUCAAGGCCUGACCAUCCCUGCAUUUUUUAUGUUAUAAACAAGGAUGGCAGCGUUGGAUCAGGUCCACCUGGGCUGCAGUUGCAGUAUCGCGUGGAUCCUGCCCUGCUAAAGCCUGGGGAGCGUAUAUGGUUCCUCCGCUACCUGGCUCUGCACACACUGCACAUAGACGUGUGGGACAGCGACUCGCUGCUGCUCAUCGGCUCUGCUGCUGUUCAGCUGAAGCAUCUGUUGCGUCAGGGCCGAGCUGCUGUGCAAGUGAUUCAUGAGCUGGAGGUCAUUAGCACUGAGUACCUGCAGGAUGCCAAUUUGGCAAGAGUGCAUGCAGGUGGGCAGAGAGUCAUGCCUGCCAUGAGCGUCUACACCGUUGUCAAAGGCAGGCUGCAUAUCCGACUCGGCAACAUCGGUGGUGUGGUGCAGAAAAACCUGAACUCGUCUGUCCUUCUCCCCCCAUCGCGCUCUCGUGUCAUUCAGCCCAGCCAGACUCCCACAGGCUUUCAAGGAGGCAGUCUGUUCUCAAACGUCAGCGUCCUCAACCACAACGCACGGAACGUGAGGCGGGCCCAGCGUUUGCCAGAUAUUGAUGGUGAGUUGGCUGGUCUCCUGCACAGUCGGAUUAGAGAAGUAGAUGUCUCCAGGCUGCAGAGUCGAAGUGAAACAGAGGAAGUACGUCAGAGAAAAAUUGAGAGGAUGGCAGCUGUCCGUCAACAUGAAGAAAACUCCAUACCCAACACACACGAGAAAGCAAACUAUAUGAGGAGAAAGGAAGAUCGGACACAGCACUCUCAGGACCUACGCUUAAUAGAGGCCUAUCGAGAGCGCUGCAAAGUGGAGGGCAUCAUGAACAUGCUGAGCCAAACCAUCACAACCUCGCACACAAUCUAUGCUACCCUCGGUACCGCCGAGUUUUUUGAAUUUGUGCUGAAGAACCCCUUCAACAUUCCACAGACGGUUACUAUUGAGUGUGAAGACCCUGAGAUUAGUGUUAUAGUGAAUGCUGAGGAAUGGAGGUAUUUUAAAGACUUGACAAAGACAUGCACUCCGUUGGAAGUGGAGAUGUUCCACAUGAAGGAGGAUGGCUUGACACCCCAGGUUUACUUGCGGCCCAGAGAGAGCGUCCACAUCCCUCUGAAGUACCAAAGCUUUGUCUCUGGGCAUGUUCUGCUUUCACAGGACUCGAAGACUUCUACCAGUCCACAUUUUGCUCACCACCAGCAGUCUAACACAGUGAUGGCUAAAUCUAUCAAGGUGUUCUUCCGAACGGCGGACAGUCAGCCGCUGGCCAUCUGCCAAGUGAGAGUGGAGCCGACUCCCCACAUCGUCGACCAGACCUUUCGCUUCUAUCAGCCUGAGCUCUCCUUCUUUAAGAAAGCCAUCCGGCUGCCUCCUGCUGAACCCGGCGCACCAGAUGUUUGUUCCAGGCUCCAGGUGCGCUGCAGCGACCCCAAUGUGAUCUGCCACGUCAUUGGCACGGCUCCGGGGGAACCUCAGGACAUUUAUCUGAAAGUGCCAGGGGCGCCCAGUCCACAAAUUAAGACAUUUGUCAUCACUGUGUUCAAUGAUCCCUGGCUGGCCUCUCCCACUCAAACGUGGCAGGUGUACAUGCAUUACCUGCAGAAAAUGGAUAUUAGCUGUGUGUGUGGUACGCUCAGCUGGCACUCCCUGGUACUGCGUGGUACACAGAGCAUCCGCAAGGUCAAGUGCUACACAUCCCACCCUCUGGAGUUACAGGUGGACCCAGAGGAUGUGUUUGCCCUUCCUGCUCUUGGUGUGCAGGACAUUAGGCUGGGAGUGAAGUCUCUGCAUUCUGGAAGCUGUUUCCGUUACCUUAAUGUGGUUGAUGUGGACACGAGGCAGCUGGUGGCAUCCUGGCUUCUGUGCCUCACCUGCAGGCAGCCUGUUAUAUCACGGGCCUUUGAGAUCCAAGUGCUUGUAGGAGGUGGGAGAGGUAACAAUAAGAAGAUCACAUUCACCAAUCCCUAUUCUUCCAGCAGAGGAUUCAGACUGUGCUCGGACCAUCCUGACCUGCUGCAGUUCAAAGAGGAAACAUUUCAGAUUGAGGGAGGUGCGAGCUACAACAUCGGGCUGCGUUUCGCUCCAAGUCAGAGUGCAGGUACAGAGGAGAUCCUCGUCUUCAUCAAUGAUCUGGAGGAUAAGAACGAGGAGACAUACUGCAUCAAAGUUGUCUACAGAUAACCCGAACAAACUGGCACGUGAAGUUGUGCCGCGUCAGUGUCUUUCAUCGGUGUAACCUUUUGGAACUGAUGAUCAAUUUUGUAAUAAAGUUAACUUUUGAUAGAACUGUGAUAGAGAUCACCUUAAGGCUGUAUGUAUGUGUGAAUCGAUAUUCAACCCAAGAUAAUAAAUUAAAUGAAAGGA